GGCUGUGGAAGAGACGUCGGGGCAAACCAACGGUUGGUGCAAAUGGGGCAAAAACAAAUACGUAUACAAUGUUAGUCAUGUUGCAAGUGCAAUCCCUUUCACUGCUUCUGCCUGCCUCUUGCUGCCUAGCAGCUCCCAAAUCUCAAGUCCCAACCACACCUCCCAUCCAGCAGUGUCUCUCAUCUCCCUUGCUUUUUGCUUCCAUUGAUGCACACACCACAUCCUCCAAAUCAAGCACGAUGGACGCCCAAGGUGCCCUCGACUCGCUCCUCGGCCGCCUCACCACCAUCCUCGUGGACGAGGCAAAACUGCUCGGCAACCUCCAUGGCGAUGUUGAGUUCAUCAAGGAGGAGAUGGAGUGCAUGAAUGGCGUGCUCCUCCACCUCGCGGAGGCUCAACACCUCGAUCGCCAUGUUCGCGCUUGGAUGAAGCAAGUCGUUGGCCUCGCCCGCAACUGCGAGGGCAACGUCGAGCUCUACAUCCACAGUGUCACGGAUGCUGGCCACCAUGACCGUGGCUUCCUUGGCUACUUGCGGCAGAUCAUCCGGUAUAUGCGUACCAUCCCGGAGCGGCAUCGGAUUGCGACGCGGAUACGUGAGCUUAAGGUCAGGGCGCACGAUGUGGGCCACAGGCAGCUGAGGUAUGGUAUCACCAUGCCACCGGCUGCUGACCAGGACGGCGCGAUAUUCAUGGAUGACGACAUAGCAGUCCCCGACGGACCAGAAGCCGAGCUGGAAGAUGCUCGGAGACGCGCUCUUCUUGUCAAUUGUUCGUGGUCGGAGGACAAAGAGGCUUAUGAACAGAAAAUCAUGGAUGAUACCAUCAAGUCCCUGCUGUUGUCUGAGGAGGAACCUGUUGAUGAACUAGCAAAUGGGGAAUCACACCCGAGGAUAUUCCUGAUGACCUGGGAUGAAUGUUCCGGAGAGGAUAGGGAUUUCACAAUUCUUGUAGCUAAGAAACUAUAUGAGCAGGAAAUCAGCUCAUUUAGUUGCAAAGCCCGGGUCAGCCAUUACAAAUUGGAUUCUGUGGUGGUAUUACUGCAGGAAAUACUGCACCAAGUGACGUCCCUUCCAGCUGAACAAGAAGACGUGCCCAGGUUGGAAGCGGAGAAGAGUACAGAAACAUCACUGGGUGAUGACGAGGACGGCGAGGCAAUGCAACUCACCAAGAAACUUGAGGGGUUCCUCAAAGGUAAACGAUUCUUGAUCAUUCUUUAUAAUGUCUAUGGUAUAGAAUGGGAUACCAUAAGGUCUGCCCUGUUACAUGUUACUGCUCAAGGCUCUCCUGGUAGCGCUAUUGUCAUUAGCACAGAGUAUGCUGAUUUAGUGGAGUCCCCCUAUAAAAUCCUCAAGCCACAAACUCUAUUACGUGCUUUCUGCAGUAAAACCAUGGAGCUUGCUAGAUGUUUUGAAGAUUCUAUAUAUCAUAUAUCGAAUAUUUUAGAAUUAUGUCACCCCGAUGUCUUUGCAAUGAAGAUGUUCCAACAUCUUCUGUAUGUUAACCCUGGAAGAGGUAAAACACAGCUAGACCAAUUUACAAAAACCUUACAGGGUUGUCGAGAUGCAAACAAAAGUGUCGCAAAGCAAAUGGUGAAGAUCUCCUACAAUGACCUGCCUGCCAAGUACAGGAGCUGCUUGUUGUACCUGACCAUCUUCCCAGAUGGUGACCCCAUUAGGAGAACAACCGUGUGUACAAGAUGGAUAGCCGAAGGGCUGAUAACGUCAAGGGAGAAUCAUGCACAAGAUGAAGCCGAUUCCUGUAUCGAUGCACUCCUCUCAAGGGGUCUCAUUCAACCUGGGCAGAUUAGUGACACGGGCAAGAUCAAGACCUUUACAUUGCAUCGUGUUGUUCGUGAAGUCAUCACCAUGAUUGCUAGAGAUGUUAACUUUGUGGACACGGACCUACCACCCGAUUUGGCUCGCCACCUUCCUGUUCACAGUAGAACUGGGGUGCAAACAUCUCAUGCCGAUCGUUCCAUGAAAGCAGCUGAUGGCAAUGGCAUUGUGGCAUUUCUUCCAGACUUGGCAAAGUCAUCUCAGUGGCAGCUUAUGAAGAUGCUGGAUCUUGAAGGUUGUAGAGGUUUAAAGAAGCACCAUUUGAAAAGCAUCUGCAAAAUAAUACUGCUCAAGUAUUUGAGCCUCAGGAACACAGAUAUUACUGAACUGCCCAAGCAGAUCGAGAAGUUGCAGUGUCUGGAGACCUUUGACAUCCGGCAAACAGCGGUACAGUCAUUCGCCACUAAAUCGAUCAUGGUUCCAAUGCUAAAGCAUCUACUUGCUGGUCAGGCUGAGUCUCCAAGCAACAAUUCCGAUGGGCCUCAAGAUUUGUUUACGGCGGUGCGCCUUCCCAGCAGCAUCAGAAGAAUGGAACAAUUGGAGACACUAUCCCAUGUUGAAGCUUCCCACCGUUUGAGUGAUUUAACUGAUGUUGGCCAUCUGUUACGGCUGAGGAAACUGGGUGUGAUUCUUUCUGGUAAGAAAGGCGCUUUGGAUAUUUUGUUCCAGCAGAUUGAAAGAUUACACGGUUGCCUCCGCUCUUUGUCAAUCCAGAUCAACCAACCGGUUUCCAAAAAUGAGGAUACUCCUUGUGCAGAGGAGGUGAUCACAUUAGUCUCGCCUCCAAAACUUCUUCAGAGCCUAAACAUUAGAGGCAUCAGGAGUGAUCUUCUCAUGUGGAUUGCAGAGCUUGAUCAACUUACUAAGAUAACACUGAGCGAGACCUACCUGGCAGAGGAUUACACACGCAUCCUUGGCAAGCUUGCAGCUCUGCGUUGCCUCAGGCUUCGGCGCAAUUCAUACGCCGGAAGCAGGCUCACUUUCAAGGAUGAAGAGUUCAAGAGCCUCAAGUCAUUGGUCGUCGAUGACGGCAUCAUCAUCAACAUUAGCUUUGACACCGGAGCGGCUCCCAAGAUCGAGACCGUUGUGUGGUAUUUCGCCACAAUGGAGUCUAUUUCUGGACUCCUCUGCCUUCCCAAACUGAAGAAGCUCGAGCUCAAUGGUGAUUGUGACCCUGAUGCAGUGAGACAAGAACUUGAUGAAGAGCACCCCAACAGUGUUGAUUUCAAGCACAGGCCAGGCCAUGGACAUCAAGAAGAUGGAGCUACUGUUGCUGCCUCCACCUCCAUGAGCAAGUGAUUGAUUACUCUCCGUCAACUGUAAACGCGCUUUGGUUGGUGUUUGCCUCACUCAUUUAUCUUCCUGAAUAAAGAGGCAGCCGCCUGUAGGAAUGCCCGUUGGUCUCCUUUCAGCCUCGCGCCUCGUUGUAUCUGAAUCCUAUCUGUUUUGUGUAAUUUGUGAGCCUUUUCUGGGUGCACUUGUGCGUUUGGUUUUAACUCUUUGUACUCUCCAGACCUGGAUUCUGUUAUGUGCGUGCAUGUUUGUGUGUGAGCUGCAUGCUUGCUCUGGUGUGUAGUGCGGUAUUGAAUUUUCA